CAUCAUAUCACUGGUAAAUCGUUGUUUUCGAUGGAGCAGAGUUCGGAUAACAUUUUUCAAGCCAUUGCUGAGCUUGCAUGGUAUUCUUUCCCAUUAAAUAACAAUGUUUUAUCAAAUACACGAAAUUCGUAUUUGUCCUUUCACCGCAGUAUAUUUGCUGUUUAUGGUGCGAUUUCCGCUAAAAUUUCACAGGUGUCACAUGAAGGUUAGCUCUUUCGACAAAUGAAGUUGCAUUGGCAUUACUGUUGCCGUUUGUGGGUGAGGCCCGGGACUUACUAAAC